AUGGUGGAGCGCGCAAGCGGCGACGGACUGGACUCGAGGGCGAUGGACCGGGAGAUGCAGACGAAGGCAGAGGGGAUGAAGCUGGUGCUGGAGAUGACGGACACGCUGCGGCUCGAGACGAUGCGCGAGGUGGUUGCGCUCCUCCGGCCCCCGCAGCUGGCGGUCUACACCAAUAACUACUCGUGCGAACUGGGGUCCGGAGGCUACGGCGUGGUCUACAAGGGUGAGCUGCCGAACGGCCUGCUGGUGGGCGCGAAGGUCCUGAAGGUGUCUAGGAACAAGAAAGUGCAGGAGGCAUUCAUGGCGGAGAUCGGCACCAUCGGACGUACCUACCACGUGCACCUCGUGCGGCUCUAUGGUUUCUGCUUCGACGCGAACACGAAGGCGCUGGUGUACGAGUUCUUGGAGAAUGGCUCACUCGAGAAGGGAUCAGUAUAUCUGCACGAGGAGUGCCAGCAGCGGAUCGUGCACUACGACAUCAAGCCGGCGAACAUUCUUCUCACGGCCGACUACACCCCGAAGGUGGCCGACUUCGGGCUCGCACGGCUGGGCGAGCGCGAGAACACGCAUAUGUCGCUGACCGGCGGCGGCCGCGGGAUGCCCGGGUACGCGGCCCCCGAGCUGUGGAUGGCGCUGCCGGCGUCCGAGAAGUGCGACGUGUACAGCUUCAGGAUGGUGCUGUUCGAGAUCCUGGGGUGGCGCCGAAACUACGACCCCGGGCACGGCGAGAAGAAGUGGUUCCCGAGGCGCCUUGCAUAG